GGAGUCCCGCUAAGGCUCAAUCCUGGAGUGAGCGCGCCGACGCAGACCUGGAGCCAGGCGCGGGGGAGAGGGUCCGAUCCACAGUGAUGCCCGGUGUUAAGUCCAGCCGUCCCACCGCCGAGUCCCACUUUGGAUGUUUCUGAGCUGUCGCUCCCUUCAGCCCGCUUCAUCCCAGCAUGAUCCGCCGCUCCGCGGAGUUCUCCCAGCGUCUGCUCACCAUGUCCUCCUGUGACGCCCCCGCGCAGAGCCGCAGGCUCAGCGUGCUCUCGUGGGAUCAGGUGCGGCGUCUGGACUCUAUCCUGGGAGAGAGCGUGCCGAUCCACGGGCGCGGGAACUUCCCCACGCUGUCCGUGCAGCCACGGCAGAUCGUCCAGGUGGUCAUGGCUCGACUGGAGGAGGAGGGCGUGGUAGUGCGAGAUGUUCGAUUGAACGGCUCAGCAGCCAGUCAUGUGCUUCACCAAGACAACGGCCUUGGCUACAAAGACCUGGACCUAAUCUUUGGAUUGAGUCUGACUGACGACAAAACCUUUCGUCUCAUAAAAGACGUGGUCUUAGACUGCCUGGUGGACUUCCUGCCUGAAGGCGUGUGCCGAGAGCGAAUCACAGCUCUUGCUCUGAAGGAGGCCUAUGUACAGAAGCUGGUCAAGGUCUGCAAUGACACGGAUCGCUGGAGUCUCAUCUCACUGUCCAAUAACACCGGAAAGAAUGUAGAACUUAAGUUUGUGGACUCCAUGAGAAGACAGUUUGAGUUUAGUGUGGACUCCUUCCAGAUCACGCUGGACUCGUUGCUCCUCUUCGACCGCUGCUCAGAGACGGCCAUGUCUGAGACCUUCCACCCCACUGUGCAGGGGGAGAGCAUGUAUGGAGACUUUCAGGAAGCGCUGCACCACCUUCGCUCUAAGACCAUCGCCACUCGCAGUCCAGAAGAAAUUCGUGGUGGCGGGUUGCUGAAAUACUGCCACCUGCUGGUGCGUGGCUUCCACCCGUCCUCAGAGAGCCAGAUGAAACAGAUGCAGCGCUACAUGUGCUCACGCUUCUUCAUCGACUUCCCCGACAUAAACGAGCAGCAGAGGAAGCUGGAGGCAUAUCUGCAGAACCACUUUGCCGGUAUUGAGCACAAACGCUAUGAGUACCUGGUGACCCUGAGGAGAGUGGUGGACGAAAGCACGGUGUGCCUGAUGGGCCACGAGCGCCGGCAGACCCUGGCACUCAUCUCUGCUCUGGCGAUACGUGUCAUGGCCGAACAGAACGCAAUCCCAGCCCUGGCCAACAUCACCUGUUACUAUCAGCCGGCUCCCUACGUGCGAGACGUCAACUUCAGCAACUAUUACGUGGCACAAGUCCAGUCCCCCAUGUGUAGUAGUUCUUACCAAACAUGGCUGCCUUGCAGCUGAGCAGGGGCAGCACAGCGGAGAGGGUUGUUCUGCUCAAAAAUCAAUGAUAUGAUUCAUUUGCAGGACGUCCACAGAAAGCAUCAGCAUUGGGUUCUGGCUCCUCGCUGUCAGAGGCAGUCCGUUGCUUUCCUGCAGCAAUAGGGUGUCUACUUGUUCCACAGACCCUGAUCCAAAGACCCUGGAGUCCAAAGAUUCGUAAACGCAGCUACUGAAGAACCAAUGUGUUUCCACGAAGGAGCACAACUCCUGCAGGAGUUUGUGAGUGAGCCGGAGCUCAGCCAAAACAGGACAUUGGAUCCUGGUGGACACGUGGGAUGAUCUGUAGAAAUGAAGCUUUUUUUGCUCUGAAGGGGUGUGGACUUAAAGGGUUUGGUGUGUUUUCAUGUGUUCCUGCAUGGCAGGAACAAUCCACUAAAUGAUGUUGUUUAUGCUGCUGUAAACAAAACAAGGAGAACCAGCCAGUUUGAGCCAAUGAUCCUUGUUCUGUUCUUCUGGUGAAAUUUCAUAACCAGCGUGAACAUCCAAGAAAAAAAAGUCUUGUGUGUGCAGAACUGUUCAGGCGUCUCAGUUAAAUUGUAAAUACUCUUUAUUAAAGCAGAUUUUUUGUUUUCUGUUCUCUCUGUGGUUUCGGCUAGUUGGCUUUGCUGUAUGACCAAAGAAAAACUCUUUUCUUUAGCAUGACUGACAGCUCCAAGUGCCUCAUUCUGACCAACAGAACUGUUUGAUUGUGUUCUUGCAGGUUACUAAGGAUCUGGGUUGGAAAAUCAUUAAAAAAGUGGGGACUGAAAA